AUGGACGAAUCAGAAGAUGAAGUUGCUGUGGUGGGGAUUGGAUGCAACUUUCCAGGAGGAGAGGGACUUGACAAUUUCUGGAAGGUUCUGGUGGAGGGGAGAAACUGCUCUGUUUCAAUCCCCAGAGAAAGGUUCGACAUUGCAAGCUGGUGUGACCCAGAUGAUACCAAACUGGGAAAAUCCUGCACAGCCAAGGCCGCUCUCAUUGAUGGGUUCAAUGAAUUUGACCAUAAGUUUUUUGGCAUCAGUGACAGUGAAGUGGAACAAAUGGAUCCUCAACAGAAACAGCUCCUUCAGUGUGUCUAUAGAGCUUUGGAAAAUGCUGGAAUUCCCAUGGAGAAAGCCAGCGGAACCAGGACAGGAGUGUUUUUUGGCAUAAUGAACAGAGACUAUGAGACAAAUGCUGCGCAUGUGCACCCAUCUGUGAUCAACCACUGGACUGGGACUGGGCUCGCCAUGAGCAUUGCAGCAAACAGAGUUUCCUAUGUCUUCAACUUCACAGGACCUUCUCUUUCCAUUGACUCUGCCUGUUCAUCUUCACUUGUAGCUCUUCAUCUCGCCUGCCAGUCCAUAAAGCAAGGUGAUUGCGAAAUGGCUGUUUGUGGGGGUGUAAAUUGCAUCAUUGAGCCAAGAGUAUUUGUGGCGCUUAGCAGAGCGAAGAUGAUUUCACCUGAAGGGACAAGCAAGCCUUUCUCCAGCAGAGCAGAUGGUUAUGGGAGAGGGGAAGGUUGUGGAGUAGUUCUCCUGAAGCCAUUGAAAAAGGCUCUUCAAGACCAUGACCACGUUUGGGGGAUUGUCAGCAAAACUGCAGUCAAUCAAGAUGGACACUCAGUCACUCCAAUUACAAAACCCUCAAUGACUCAACAAGAGGAACUGCUACACAGAAUCUACUCAGACAACGAAAUUGCAAGAGUCCAGUACAUCGAGGCCCAUGGGACUGGGACCCCAGUUGGAGAUCCAACAGAGGCAAGAAGCAUCUCAAACAUCAUUGCGAAAGCCAAACCUCCAGGGUCAGAGACUCUUCGGAUCGGCUCAGUGAAGAGCAACAUAGGACACACAGAGUCAGCAGCCGGAGUGGCCGGACUCAUUAAAGUUCUGCUGAUGAUGAAACAUGAAACCAUUGUGCCCUCUGUCUUCUACUCCGAUGAAACCUCCAGUAUUGAUACCAAAAGCUUGAGCUUUAGAAUUCCUAAGGACAUUGAAAAAUGGGAAUCUAACAUUGCAAGAGUUGCAGGGGUGAAUAACUUUGGUUUUGGGGGAACAAAUGCACAUGCAAUAGUCAAACAGAACAUCCAGGCCUGUUCAAGAAAGCAGAGCAGUGAAAAGCAGUUGAAAUAUUUUAUCCUCUCUGCAAAUUCACCAAAGUCUCUAACUAUGAUGUUAGAAGACACCAUACAACAGCUUGAGACUGAUACCACUGUAGAUCUUGAUUCUGUUUUAUACACAUCAGCCUGUAGAAGAAGUCACCAAAGGCAUAAAUAUAGAAGAGCCAUUGCUGUUUCAUCUCUUGGGGAUCUUAAGGGGAAACUACUGAUCAGUGUUGGGAACAAGGUGAGCCCAGCCCUCUCUGAUCCAAGAUUAGUGUUUGUCUUCUGUGGAAGUGGUGUGACUUACCAUGGCAUGUGCAAACAGCUGUUGAAAAACCAUCCUGUAUUCAGAAAGAAGAUUGAUGAAAUUGCCCAAAUGUUUCAAAAGAUGAGCUCCUUAAACAUCCUAAGCACACUUGAGAGUGAGUUUGAAAGCAGUGACUUCAAAAACCCAGAUGUUGUCCAACCUCUACUCUUUGCCAUUCAGGUUGGCAUUACAACCCUUCUAAGGUAUUUCGGCAUCAAACCUGAUGCUGUGCUUGGACACUCUGUUGGUGAAGUGGCUGCUGCUCACUGCUCGGGCCUCUUGUCUCUUAAAGAUGCGGUGAAAGUGAUAUUUUUCCGCAGCACCCUUCAAAGGAAAGUUGCCGGUGGUAAAAUGCUUGUGGUCAGCAACAUGGCUGUGUCAGAGAUGGCUUCUCUCCUCCAUAAAUAUUCUGGAAGACUUUGCAUUGCAGCUUUCAACAGCCCACAGUCCUGUACCCUUUCAGGGGAAGCAGAUGCAAUUGACAGUCUCCUUAAGGAACUAAACAGCUCCUCAAUUAGUCAAAAUCUCUUUCUCCAUGUGCUUGAUGUUCCUGCUGCUUACCACAGCCACAUGAUGGACCCAAUUCUGCAUAAAAUCAAGGACAGAAUAGGCAAAAUACAGAGGAAUUACCUUGAUACUGAGUUGUUCUCAACAGUUACUGGAAAAGAGGCUGAAAUUGGAGAUUUCUGCACAGGUAAAUACUGGGCAAGAAACAUCCGUGAACCAGUUGCCUUUGAGCAAGCUUUGAGGUCAGCAGCAAAGGGAAAGAAAAGCAUAGUCUUUGUAGAAAUAGGGCCAAGAAGAGCUCUGCAGAGAAACAUAAUGGAAACUCUUGGAAACAACAUUGAAGUUGUUGCCUCAGUAGAACCCAAGAAAGAGCAUGAAUCAGUCAUCCUAGCUGUUUCAAAAUUGUUCGAACUUGGGAUUCAGGUAGAUUGGAAUAUCUUUUACAAAGGAUACGAGACAACACCUCUGUUUUUCCCAAGGUACCAGUUUGAAUGCUCUGACAGAGAUGUGAUCAUUGGAGCUGCCCACAACAAUAAAGCAUGCUCUCAUCCUGUACUCUGUAAGACUGGAAGUGAAAGCAACAUUUUCAGCUGUAACUUAACAUCUGAUGCAACAUUUUACUUGAAGGAGCACAAGCACAAUAACAUACCCAUCAUCCCUGGUGCCUUCUACGCAGAGCUGGGUUUGGCGUCAUUCCUGGCUAGCACUAAACCAAAAGUGCCACUGAACUCGCUGCAGCUCAGUGUCAAGUUUCAUAGUCCAUUCAUAUUGACACCGAACUCUGUUGAAAUGAAGGUCCAAUUAGAGCAAAAAGAAAAAGAGAAUAGCUUCAAGGUGUUCUCCUCAACUGCUACAUACGCUUCAGGUACUGUGAUUUCAAAGACAGAAAGACAGAUUGAGGAGAAAUUAGUCUCUUUAGGAUCCAUUUCUAAGCGAUGCAAAUCUGUCGUGGGUUUUCAGGAGUUUUAUGGAUAUCUUUCUCAAGGUGGCUUCCAGUAUGGAGAUGUUUUUCAGAAUAAAGCAAAUGUUCACUAUGGGGAGGAUCUAAAGGAAGCCUUUGCAGCUGUUUCUGUUCCAGAAGAGCUGCAACCUCAAUUGCAUGACUACUGUUUUCAUCCUGUAGUGUUGGAUUAUCUAAUGCAACUUCUACCCGUCACGGUUGAGCACAUAUUUGCAGGCAGGCCAGGGUUUCCUGCCAAAAUAGGAAGUCUUUCUGUGUUUGAACCCUUGCAGAAUGAGAUGAUUAUCUACCUGAGAGCAACUGAUGUGGGUUUAGAUCACUUUGAGGUUUGCGGGUGCUUUACAGAUAAGGAAGGCAGAGUAUUGGCUGAGGUGAAGCAUGUAAUAAUCCAGUACCUCGGCAGUCGGUGUCAUGUGGUGGAACAGUACUUCUACCAUAAUGACUUUACUGCUGUCAGUGAAAGUUCCACAUCUUGUAAGUCUCCAAAGGCUUUGGUCUUCUCGGAUCGCUUGGGGAUCUCAAAAGCUCUUCAACAGCAUUUAGACCCAAGAUCUAGGUAUGUUUCCUUCAUAGAAGCAAAAUAUAUCUUAAGUCAUGGAUUUUCUUUUCUUCUUUCAAUUCAUGGUAUCACAGAUAUUAAGGAAAACUUCGACGAGGUUAUAUUUGUGUGGGGGAAAGAAGAUCUUACAUCACAAUCAGCUGAUGUUAUCAUGCAAAACCUUGCAAGCUGUUGUGAGAUUUUCCGCCAAGUUGUUCUGGAGCUAAAGUGGAUUCAGUUCCCUACAGCCAUCAGAGCAGUGACCUUUCGCUCAUCAGAAAUCACUGUUGACCACAUAAGUCCAGGUUUUGCUCUUGCUGGUAUGGUGAGAUCAUUUGCAGCAGAGAUCCCAGAUCUUUCUUUUCAGCUGAUUGACAUAGGAUCCAUCUCUACUGAAGACAUUAAAGCUCUAUCUGAGAUCCUGACUUCACAUCCUUGUGAAAAGUACCCAGAGUUAGUCAUAAAAGAUGGGCUGAUCUUAAAGCCGUCAAUUUGCCGAACUCCACUGGAAAUCAUUGACCAUUCAGAAGGUAGAUGCACCUUCACAGGUCCUAAACAUUUUGCCUUUCAGACAGCUGAUGCAUACAAGGUGACUCAAUUGAGUGCCAUUUCUCUACCAGAAGAAGCAUAUCCACUCUAUGACACAUCAAUUGAAAUUCAACUUAGCAAGAUAUGUGUUCAUUCAUCUGAUUACUUUCCAGUCAGUGCUUCACAUCUAAACUUUGGUCAGACACUCUACUGGAACAAGUACUCCUCUCAGAAUCAUAAGCUAAUCGCGCUUGAUCUUAGCGGUAUUGUUACUGCAGUUGGAAAAGAUGUAAGGAAACUAAAAGUUGGGGACCAGAUUGCUUGUUGUUAUCCUGUUACAGCUAAUAGUAGAAUUCAAGUGCCAGAGGAUGUGUGCUACAGCCUCAAAAAGCUGCCAUUCUUUCAAGAAACACCAUGUGUUUCCUAUUUUGUGCUGGCAUGGGAGAUGCUUCAUCGUGUCUUGCCAAAACCCAAACAGAACUUGGGAAUAAUUAGCCCGGCUCAUGAUUCAGCUCUUGUAAAAGUUUUGGCACUUACUGCAAACAAAUCUGGUUGGAACGUGAUUCUAAGCACAAAGUGCAAUGGAUCAUUUGUAGAUGUCAAUCAUCUGGAUGCGUUCGUCGUCCUACCCCCAUUCGAUCAGUCCCUCAUCCUGAAAACUUGCGAUUUCCCUGCUGCUCAGCAUGUUGUAGUCCUCUGUGAAUCUCAAACGCAAACUUUGCUUGUUCAGGACCUGAGCCGAUACAUAAAGGAAACUGUUCAUGUACAAACUGUUCAGAUGCAAGCUGUUUUGCAAAAGGGUUAUCUGAGAGCACAGACACCUCACAUUUAUCACUGGCUGAAGUCAGUGAAUUUCAGCAGAAAAUUUGUUCUUGAAAACUUCACUUUUCAGUGUGGGAAAUCUGAAAGCACUGGUGUAGAAGCAGAGAAAAUAUAUUCAUAUUUCAGCUCAAAGAAGCUUGCUGUGAUCGUUUUGGGGGAAAAUGAUAAGACCAGAUUGUCUGAAAUUCAGCUGCUGCCAAGCAAAAGGCAGUUGUUCAGAAAGAGGGCGGUGUACAUUGUGGCUGGUGGUCUCUCUGGCCUGGGCUUUGAAACAGUCAAGUUUAUCUCACAAAGAGGAGGAGAAUACAUAAUGAUUCUUUCUAGGAGCAAGCCCACAGCAGAUGUGCAACAAGAAAUACUUAAUAUUCAGCAGCAGUGUGGGAACAGAAUUACCAGUAUGGAGUGUGACAUUUCUGUACAUGAGCAAGUAAAAAAGGCCAUUGCUGAAAUUGGGCAGAAGUUUAGAGGUUGUUCCAUAAGAGGGGUGUUUCACAGCGCAGUUGUCCUGCAUGACGGUCUGAUUGAGACCCUUAACAGAACCCUUUAUGAGAAGGUUUUUAAACCUAAAGUUAAUGGAGUAAUAAAUUUGCACCAUGCAACAAAGCACUGUCAACUGGACUACUUUGUGUGCUUCUCUUCCAUCUCAGCGUUUCUUGGGAAUGCAUCCCAAACAAACUAUGCAGCAGCCAACUCUUUUCUCGACUUAUUCUGCCAGUACAGGCGCAAACUUGGGCUGCCUGGACAGUCCAUCAACUGGGGAGCUCUGAACCUAGGUCUACUUCUCAACAAGGAAAACUUCCAUCGCUUUCUAGAGGCCAAGGGUAUGAUGGUGUUAGAUGUUGCAGAAAUUCAUAAAAGCCUGGAGCAGUGCCUGGUCUUGAACCGUCCCCAACAAGCUGUUUGCAAGUUUCACUUCAGGAACAUCAGAUAUAAUAUACUUUCUCAAAAUAAAGCCUUGACCUUACGUCUUUCUGCAUUAGUCAAUGAGGCGUUCCAAAAAUCCAAAGAGGAAGAGGCAACAAGUAGACAAACUGAGUCAGUGUCACCAAAAGAAUAUGUCUUUUCGCUGCUCAGCGAGACUAUUGGCAUUGAUGAAAGUGAGCUGAGUGAAGACUCCCUUCUUUCAUCUUUAGGCAUGGACUCCAUGCAGGCAAUGACCCUGCAGAACAUGCUGUUUCAGGAGAGAGGGGUGAAUGUGCCUCUGGUGAAGUUGUUGGACCCCAAUGCCACAUUAUCAUCAGUUAUAACCAUACUGAGUGAGGAACCCUUGGGUAAAAAUGACCUUGAAAACUCUCUUAUGAAUGAAAACCUGAGUGACUCUGAUGUUUUAACAAGAUUAUAA